UGUAAGUUAACCCAAAUCAAUUUUGAUACACAUUUCCAGCUGGGUAGACGCCAAAAAUGUCAGGCCCAUCUAGCAGUGUCAAGGGCCCAACGGGACGCGUGAGUGGCCAGAGAAGCGCUCCUAAGGGCAAGAUAGGCCGUGCACCGACAUCCGUGGCCACUUUCCGGAACUUUGAGCGUGAGGCUGAAUUAAUGUCAGAUGGGGGCGCUCCACCAGGGAAACGUGUAUGUCUCAGUGAUCUGUUCAGACCCCCUGUGGAGCUGUUGCAUCGAGGCACCUGGGAGAGUGGCCGGGAAAUGGCACGGACAACUGACAAGUGGCUUCUGGUGAAUCUGCAAGACAAUGGAGAUUUCAAGUGUCAAUGUCUCAACAGGGAUGUCUGGAGUGAUGGAGUAAUCCGUGAGAUUCUGCAAAAGUACUUUAUUAUGUGCCAGGUGAGCUCAAGCAGCGAAGAAGGAGAGAAGUUCAGUGCUUUCUACCAUGCUACGAGUCUCCCUUUUGUUACUGUCAUCGAUCCCCGGACCGGCGGGGCUGCUGAUACCUGGCCAUCUGAUCUUCAGCCUGACGAUGUUCGAACACGCCUACUUCACUUUUUGCGUCGUCAGCCAAGUCCAUCAGCUCCUUCAGAUUCCAGAGAACCAUCCCCAGAACCUGUUCUACCAUCAAUUGCUGCUGCAUCCACAACCAAGUCUAUUCCUGUGCCUACUCCGGAUGCACUGUCGGAGGAGGAACAGCUGCGACUGGCCAUUGAGAAUUCCCUGCGAGAAACCACAGCUGCAGAAUCAGUUGCCUCAGGAGCCACAAGUAAGGAAACUACCCGGAUUCAGCUGCGGUUGCCCAGCGAUACCACCGAACUCCUCACCUGGUCAUCCAGUGCCACAAUUGAGCAACUGGGGCAGCAUGUGCGUCAACACCAUGGCGCUACAAUUGGAUGCAAACUCAUUUGUGCAGCCACUCGCACAAAUCUCCUCACGCUCCCGCCGCCCACGACACUCAAGGAGGCCCAGCUGCAUCCCAGUGCUGUCCUCUAUCUCCAUCUCGAUGACGACUGAAGAGCCGUGCACACCAAUAAAUUCUUGCUUUUCCUCA